AUUGACCAAAUUUUUUUUUCAAAAUCAUCUACAUCUUUUCAGAAGUUCAAAUUUGACUUUACAAGUUCUCAGAAAUUCAAAUCUGACUUAAGUUUGAACUCAUAAUAUUGUGAGCAACUAGGUAGUGACAUUUUGUCAUGUUAAUGCCUCGUAGUAUUUAUUACAAUUCUAGAACAAUUUCAUGAAACGACUCAUAAGGAAAUUGUUUUUGUAACUGUUUAUACAUUUCACUUGUUAUUAUUAGUUUCAGGUAUUUAAUAUGGAUAGCCCAAGCACGAGUGGUUUAGAAACUACUGUCAGAAGUCUAGAUGGCUCAUUUUUCGAUGACUCAUUUAAUGUGAGCCAUGAAGUUGUUCUUACAUCGACGCCAAUUAAGAAACCACAAGACAGAACUCCUCAAGAAUACUUAUGUGAUAUAUGUGGUGCAGAAUACAAAAGCCAAUCAGGCUUAAGAUAUCACCGCGCAAGCAAACAUGGUAUUGAUGUAAAACAAUGUUCUCAAUGCGAUAUGUCAUUUAGGAGAAUCGAGGAUCUUAAUGAUCAUAUGAUUAGCCAUGGACAGCGACUUCCAUAUACAUGUGAUAACUGUCAAAAAACAUUCCAACAUCUCAAAAGUCUUCGACGCCAUGCGUCAGGAUGUGGAUUGACGGAAGCGUUCAGGUGCAAGACGUGUAACAAAUGCAGAAUUGUUUAAAAUGAAUAUAAAUAUGUUAGACUCGCGCACCCAUCCUUCGUAAAAUUCGAUUUACUCGCGCACACGUCAUUUUGCGAGACACAAAAGUGCGAAUUUCUCUUUAACCGGGACACGCUUGGAUGAGAUAUUUGGUGAAUUAGAUCGUCUUUAGACAUUGAUGGUACGGGACAAGUUUCACAGAGAUACAAAAUCUUAAAACAUGUAAAAAGUGUGAUUACAAACCCCAAGCGAAAGAAAAUGCGAAUCACUCGCGCACACGUCAUCCAUGAAGUCACGUGACAGACUAUACCCAGGGUG